UACAAAAGGAAGUGCUAUCAGAUGCACCUGUUCUGCUGACUCUCGUGGAAAUAUUAGAACGGAGACGACACAUUCGUGUUCAGUGAUUUCUGACUGCGGAAACUCUAAAGAUCAACUAUUUAGACCCUUCAACAACAUUAACAGCAACAAAUCUCCACAUCACAGUAACUCAACAGACGUACCAGCGGCAGUCCCAAAAAUCAGCAUGCCGGCAGUGGGAAGUUUGUCUUACUCAGUACGGAGACGUCUUGUCUUACUUCUGUGUCUCCUGCUUCAUCUUAAUCCUUCACUUUCUUAUUCGCUGAAAAGCUGCACUAUCGAUUAUUCCAAAGAUGCCUUGGCUGAAGUUAUUAUAGAUUGCUCACAGCGUAAACUUGUUAUUAUCCCUGAGGACAUCCCCAGAGACGCACGCUCUGUAAACCUCUACAACAAUCAGAUCGAACAGAUUAACAAUAAAGAUUUCAGUGGCUUCUCAAAGCUGAAAGAUUUGCGCCUGGACUGUAAUCAUAUUGCUCACGUGGACGAUGGGUCUUUUAUCCAUGCGGUGUCGUUGAAAGAGCUCUACAUGAGCUAUAACAGACUCACCAAAUUGACAGCCAACCUCUUUCAGGGGUUGUCAAACCUUACCCUGCUAGACCUCAGUAGCAACAGCAUUCAGUUCAUUCAUAACUCAGCCUUUCAGUUCCUGUCCAGCUUACAAACUGUGUUGCUAGACAGCAACAUGCUCCAACAAGUCGCAGACAUUCAGCCCAUCCUACAGCUACCACGCAUACAGAAUCUGAGCAUUAAAGCCAAUCUGUUUCCUUCCUUCCAGACCAAAGAUCUGCCGCUGAACAAGCCCUCAGGCCUGAAGGUGUUAGAUGUUUCUGAAAGUAAUUUUGAAAAGUUCAGCAUCACAACACAGAUCUUUCCUCACCUCGAGAUGAUAGACCUUUCUCGAUUUGACCAAUCUGAAGCCAUGCAAUGGGACAUACCUGACAAGACUCUACUGAAGAACAUUACUCAACUUAUCUUAAGUCAUACUUUCAUCCCUUUUGACAAUAUCCAAAAUAUUCUGCAGAAUCUCGACUCACUGAGGCAUCUAAGGCUGAAUUAUAUGGAGAGGUGGAUCAACAAAGGUCUCUUAGCAACGGUCUGCAAAAUACCGACACUAAAGAGUCUGGAUCUGUAUUUUAACCAUGUCGCCAAUAUAAGUGCAAAACUUGAAACUUGCUCUCAGCUCAGAGAGCUUGACCUUUCGACUACUCACACGACUGAACUGUCCAAAGGCUCGUUACGACUGAUGAAGCAACUACAGUCCCUAACUUUAGCAACCAACUUAAUCACCAAAGUGCCAGAUGACAUUAGGAGUCUCUACUCUCUUGAGAUCCUAGAUCUUGGUGACAAUAUUAUCUCCGAAUUGGUCUGUGAGGAUUUCAAAAACACAACGCGCCUCACAGAGCUUUAUCUGAACACCAACCGCAUUGCCAAACUGGACGGAUGCGUCUUUGAAAAUCUUAAUGAUCUGAAGAUUUUAGAUAUUAGUGACAACCUGCUGUGGACAUUUGGAGGCGCCUUUAAUAUAGGCCCGCAGAAACUUGAGUACUUGGAUUUGAGCAAAAACUUUAUCCUUAUUCUUAAAAGAGGGGAUUUUCAAGGUUUAGGGUCUGUAAAACAUUUGGAUUUGGUGACAAAUCGUAUCGGAAGGGUGAAACGUAGGGCUUUUGACGGACUGAACAACCUAACAACUCUUAGUGUAUCUCUUCCACUCGAGUAUGAAAACCACUUCAGAGAAUUGCCGCACUUAGAAAACCUUACAAUCUACUUCAAUACCGAUGGCGGAUUCAGAACUCUUCAAAGUCAAGCAAGCUAUCACGAAGCCUCAUUUCACCUAAAAUCUCUGAAAAUUUUCAAAAUAAUAUGCACAGGAUAUCAUUAUGGCUUCCCCCUUGACGUACCGGAAGAAUUUUUCCAGGCUAUGAAACAUUUAGAGGACUUCACAGCGGAGAAUGUGUAUAUUUCUGCACCAGAUCCACAAACAUUUCAAUUCAACUUUCGGCUCAAGAGUCUGAAAAUUUCGCAAACUGAUUUGUCGGAUUUAAAUCCUGAACUGUUUCAGCCAAUUCCAAACCUGCAGGCUCUCGAUCUUUCUGAAACUAGGCUCCAGUCUUUGGAUUUUCUGGCCCAGGCAAACCUGCCUGCACUCAGACAAUUAAAGCUGAGUGGCAAUGAGAUUACAGUGAUCAAUGAGACAGUCUUCCAGUCUCUCCCAGCACUAACAUACCUGGACCUGGACAAUAACCCUUUCACUUGUGACUGCUCUAAUGCGGGUUUUAUCCAAUGGGUGAUGAACAACAAACAAACACAGGUUGUGAACGGACAUCAGUACACUUGUUCCUUUCCUGCAGCCGAGCAAGGAAACAAGUUGCUGGACUUUGACAUCCAGUCCUGCUGGAUGGACGUUAGCUUCCUCUGCUUCAUUUCCAGCACUUGUCUGGUUGUGCUAACUCUCCUCGCAUCCUUCAUCUACCACUUUCUGAGAUGGCAGCUGGCCUACGGCUUCUACCUCUUCCUGGCCUUCGUCUAUGACAACAGGAAGAGGAAGAAGGGAGCUCCUCACCACUACGACGCCUUCAUCUCCUACAAUGUUCACGACGAGGACUGGGUUUACAGAGAGAUGCUUCCAGUGCUGGAAGGAGAACAGGGCUGGAGACUGUGUCUGCACCACAGAGACUUCCAACCAGGUAAGGCCAUCAUUGAGAACAUUACAGACGCCAUCUAUGGCAGCAGGAAGACCAUCUGUGUGAUCAGCCGGCGCUACCUGCAGAGCGAGUGGUGCUCCAGAGAGAUCCAGAUGGCCAGCUUCCGUCUGUUUGACGAGCAGAAAGACGUGUUGAUCCUGCUGUUUCUGGAGGAGAUCCCGGCCCAGCAGCUGUCUCCCUACUACCGCAUGAGGAAGCUGGUGAAGAAACGCACCUACCUGAGCUGGCCUCAGGACGGCCAACACGCAGGUGUCUUCUGGCAGAACGUCCGGAGAGCUCUGGAGACAGGGGACACUGUCGCCGACAACACAGACCUCCUGACUGGACCAGCAGGCUGCUAGCCAUACUGUUAGCAAGCUAACAUUAGCCAGCUAGCUGCAACCCAGCCACACUGAAUAACGUUAUAGAGUUAAACUUACAGAGACACACUUACACAGACAUGGUGCACAUAUGUUUAGAUUCAGUGUGACUUUCACUUAUAGAAUAUCAGUAACUCUGAUGUCCACCCUGAAAAGGACUGACUGAGAAUCAUCAGUUUUUAAAUUUCCGUUAUUUGUCGUGUCUCAACUCAACUUUUGACAGACUGGUUUGAAAGGUUUUGUUACACUUGCUUCUGCUUCAUACAUAUAUCCGUGUAUAUAUGUAUUUAAUUCAUUGCCACUGUUGGAAUUAAAAUUUAAAAAAGGAAUACAGGCUACCAGUCAUAUAAAUGUACUACUGCACAUAAGUAAAAAGGCAAAUACUCUUUGUAAAUGAGCUUUUAAUAUGGUCCAACAUAUGUUUUAAAGUUUUUUCUUGCCUUUAUGAUAAAGAUAGCUGAAGAUAGACAGGAGAGGGGGACACGCAACAAGGGGCUGCAGGUUGGAUUCGAACCCUGGGCCGCUGCACCAAGGACUCAGCCUCGGUACAUGGGUCACCAGCUCUACCCACUGAGCUAACUGGGUGCCCAUGGUCCAACAUAUUUGAAGAAGUUACCAUUUUUCAUUUGUAUUAAUCUUUAAGAGUUAUUACGUUACAUUAUCCUCAGGCCUAUUAUUUUUAUAUUAAGGUUGGAAAAAGCUGUAUGGUAGCUCGUCAAGUCUAGCUGCAUAACAAAGCAUGCUUGCCUAAUGUAAAAAAUGAUCGCUAUUUUGUUUUCCUAGCACCCAGCUAAAAAGGGUAAAAGGUUUGUUACGAUUUUGUUUUAUAUGGUGUUUAAUGUUAAGUCAUAUUAUGGUGCCUUUUUGUAAUUUUGUAGAGUUUUAAGGUAGAACGUUUAUGCUAGCAAGACUGCUAUAUUAGCUCAUUUGAGGCAACUCUGUCGGUCUCAAGGAGCCAUUAUCCCGGUGGAGUUUGCUUGCUGUUACGGUUUUAAUGAAUGCUGCAUUUGUGUGUUUACUGUAGCCACAAUAUAUGACAUUAAAGCUGCAUAUGUGACAUAAAAACUCACUUGAUGUUAAAUAUAUUUACGUAUAGCACUUUAUCAGAGAUUGUCACUCAGCUAAAAGUGUUAAAAAGGUGAUAUUUAAUCAUUUGAAUAUUAUAUAUGAAGUUAAAAUGACAUUUGGAUCAAUUAAAUAUUGUAAGGCUUUAGUACAAUAACUUUGUCGUCAGAAUAUAAAAUAUUAAUAAUGUUUCACUUGUGUUUCUGUAGCUCG